AUGGCGAGCCCAUCUGAUUUGAACCUGGAUGCUCCGAGUGACCUCCAGGACAUUCCUGAGCUGGCUAUGCAAUUGAUUCCCCCACCGGAAGGGACAUAUCCUGAUAAAAAUACCCUGCUCGCCGCUGUCCAAGAACAUGCUAAGGCCCAUGGAUAUAAUGUGGUUGUCAAAUCGUCCAGUACCCCCACGGAGAAGAAACCAGGUCGCACUGCGAAGGUGUGGUUGCGCUGUGAUCGUGGUGGACAUUAUCGACCACGGAACGGUCUCACUGAGGAGACGCGCAAGCGCCGGCGCACAUCACGGCUGAUGGACUGUCCCUUCAUGCUAGUUGCGGCUGGGUCUCCUGGGAUCUGGUCUCUGACGGUCCUUAAUGCAACUCAUAACCAUGGGCCUGUCAUUGAGAAGCAUCGCCCGAUCCCUCAACACAAGGUCCGCAAGGGCCAGCUGCCAGCUAUCCCAUAUGACUGGCCACAUGAUGCAUCUUUUACACCAUAUACCACCGCACUCGUUAUCAUUGAUAUGCAAAAGGAUUUUUGCGCUACCAAUGGAUAUAUGGAAUUCCAGGGAUACGAUAUAUCUGAAGCACAGGCGCUGAUCCCAAAAAUCCAGAGGCUAUUGAUGGCAUUCCGCACCGCAGGCUUCCCAGUAUACCACACACGUGAAGGUCAUCGACCAGACUUAUCAACUCUUUCUAGCCGGGAGGCGCACCGUUCCCGCAACAAUGCCUCUGGCCUCGGCAUUGGCGCCACUGGACCGCUGGGCCGUCUGCUCAUCCGUGGGGAAGAGGGCUGGAACAUCGUGGACGAGUUGACCCCAUACGCAGACGAGCCAGUCAUUGAUAAGCCAGGACGGGGCGCAUUUGCUCACACUGACUUCGAGCUUCUCCUUCGUAAUAAAGGCAUUAAAAACCUCGUCAUUGCGGGUGUCACCACAGAUGUUUGUGUAUCUUCGACCAUGCGUGAAGCUAACGACCGCGGAUUCGACUGCGUGGUUCUCCAUGAUGGAACCUGUGCCGCUGACCCAACACUUCAUGCUAGCACAAUCGACUCCGUCAAGAUGGAGGGCGGCAUCUUUGGAGCCGUCGCCAAGAUCGAGGACGUGGUGCAUGCAGUCGAAAACUUCAAGUCCAUCACCAUGAAGAAGCUGGCUCCCCAGAUGAUGCCAGUUUGA